AAUAGAAAUUAAAAAAGAAACCCCUUUUUUGGACAAUCCCCCUGCCCGAGUAGGACACUGUCAUUCUAAUCCUCCUUUAAUCGCUCGUCGUCACCGGCAACAAUUGUCGCCUACCGUCGUCGUCGUCCUUUCCAGCAAUCCGAGCAUGGAGAUGGACCCUCCACCGCCAUCCGGGAGCUGGAGCAUCUACACCCGACCCGAGAUAACCCAGAAAUACGAGAUCUUGGAGCGGGUCGGGUCCGGCGCCUAUUCCGACGUCUACCGUGGCCGUCGCCUCUCCGACUCCCUCACCGUCGCCCUCAAAGAGAUCCACGACUACCAGUCGGCGUUUCGUGAGAUCGAGGCCCUGCAGAUGCUGCAGAAUUCCCCCAACGUCGUUGUGUUGCAUGAGUACUUCUGGCGCGACGACGAUGACGCCGUCCUCGUGCUCGAGUUCUUGAGGACCGACCUCGCUUCGGUGAUCAGGGAGGCAAAGAGGAACUGGGGCGGUCGGAUCUCCAUCGGCGAGAUCAAGCGAUGGAUGGUUCAGAUUUUGCACGGGGUCGAUGCGUGUCAUCGUUAUUCGAUUGUGCAUCGCGAUUUGAAGCCCUCGAAUAUGUUGGUUUCCGCUGAUGGGGUUCUCAAGCUAGCCGAUUUUGGACAGGCAAGGAUACUUAUUGAGCAUGGAUCUGUCGGUGUCAAUGACGAUCGACGUACACAUGAACAGGAUACUCCAAAUCAGGCAAGUACAUUUCAAAGAAAUGAUGCUAUUUAUGAGACAAAUGAUAUUUACCGAGAAAGUCCCAGAAAUCAAGAGGGAAGUAUUGUGGGUAUGAAAGAAUCUUUUAGAGAGUUGGAUGAGCUUAAGGCCAAAAACUUAGUCAAUGAAAUUGAUAAGGAAAUGGGUAUUUAUGAUGGAGAUGCAUCUUGUCUUGCCACAUGCUCCACAAGUGACAUUGAAGAUGAUCCUUUCAAGAGUUCUUAUUCUUAUGAGGUGGAGGGUGGAGGAGGGGAUAGACGUGAUCCACUCACAUCUUGUGUUGGAACUCGUUGGUUCAGGGCCCCUGAAUUGCUCUAUGGAUCCACAGAUUAUGGCCCAGAGAUUGACCUUUGGUCAUUAGGCUGCAUUUUUGCGGAGCUCUUUAGUUUAGAGCCCCUCUUCCCAGGUACUUCAGAUAUUGAUCAGCUCAGCAGAAUAUUUAAUGUGUUGGGCAACCUAGAUGAGGAGCUCUGGCCAGAUUGUUUGAAACUUCCUGACUAUAAGAGCAUUUCAUUUGGUAAGACAGAGAAUCCAAGCGGUUUAGAAGCCUGCCUGCCUGACCGUUCUCCUGAUGAAAUCCUUAUCAUCAAAAAGCUUGUCUGUUUUGAUCCAGCAAAUAGAGCUACUGCAAUGGAACUGCUCCAUGAUAAGUAUUUGAAUGAAGAGCCUCUGCCAGUUCCCAUAUCUGAGCUGAGGGUUCCUUCUGCUAGCUGUGGACAAGACGAGUAUUCUCCUUGUGGGUGGUAUGACUAUAAGGGCAUGGAUUCAGAUUCCGAUUUCGAGGACUUUGGCCCUGUGAACGUCGCAACUACUGAUACUGGUUUUUCCAUUCAAUUCCUCUGACUUUAACAAGCACAAUGGUACAAUGGAUUGCUCAAUUUUAUGUUCCACCUUGUUCAAGAAGUAAUUGAAAAUUCUUGGUUGGAGUGAGACAUGCCAUACUAAAAAUUGAUACUCUAAAUUUGGAUUUUCUUUUUGGUUCUGCUCGAUGAAAAGAGGGGUUGCUGAAUACUUCAUAUGCAA